UAUUUCCAAACUUGGAGACAUUGGUAAUAUCCCACAUGGAACACUUAAAGUCAAUAUGGCACAAUCAACUAGCUACAAAAUCAUUAUGCAAACUGAAACAGUUGAAAAUUGAAUUCUGCAAUGAAAUUUCAAAUGUAAUUCCAUCUUAUGUGCUUAAUAAAUUACAGAAUCUCGAGAUAGUGACUAUAGAUAAUUGUCCCACACUGGAAGUUGUAUUUGAAACACAAGGUUUAAAAGCAGAUGGUGGUAGACAGACAAGGCUGGAAAUGCAGUUGAGAACUCUCAGUUUGAAACAUUUACCAAUGUUGAGACAUAUAUGGAGUGGGAAUCCUAAUGAAAGCUUCAUGUUUCAAAACCUCUGCCUAUUGAAUGUUACAGAAUGCAAAAGCCUUAUUCAUGUUUUCCCCUUCUCAGUGGCUAAAGAGCUUCAGCAUCUCCAAGAGCUUUAUAUUGAAGAAUGUGGCAUGGAGAUUAUUGUAGCACAAGAUGAAUUGGUCAACAGAUUUCCAAUAUUUAUUUUCCCAGAAUUAACAUCUUUGAGUUUCCAAGAUUUGACACAACUUCGAAGCUUCUACAAUGGAUUACAUACCUUGGAUUGUCCUGUUUUAAGAGAUGUGGAUGUGCUUCAUUGUGACAAGCUCGAACUAUUCAAGCCAAUGUCUAUAAAUUGCCGAGAUAUUGUCCCGGUUGAUACACUACCCCUCCUUUCAAUUGAAAAGGUUGUCCAGAACACAAGGGAGCUUAUUCUGAGCUGCAAGGAUGUCUCCAUGUUACGCAAUGGUCAACUUAAUGAUGAGCUUAUUUACGCGGUGAAAUCUCUUUGCCUACGAUGUUUUCAUGACGAGUCUGUCAAGUUUCCAUCAGGUUUCUUGCAAAGGUUUAUCAAUCUCGAAAACCUUAAGUUGACAUGUAGUUCCUUCUCAGAGAUUUUCUCGAGUGGAAGCGUUUGCACUGGACAUUAUAAAACAAGUAUGAAGUUGAGAAGUUUAGUACUCAGUAACUUACACAACCUUGAGUUUAUAUGUGAUGUCAAAUCUGAGGUGCAACCAAUUAUUCAGAACAUGGAAACUUUGGUUGUAUAUAGAUGUUCUAGACUCAAGAAUAUAGUUCCAUCCUCAGUGCUGUUUGAGAAUUUAGAGCACUUGCAGGUGAGCGAUUGUACUGGAUUGGAAAUUAUUGUGAAAUCAUCAACAGCUGCCAGUUUACAAAAACUCACAAAGUUGUGCAUAGAUGAUUGUGAAAAUAUAGAAGAAAUAGUUGCAAGUGAUGAUGAGAAUGAUGCUUCUGAGCUAGAUUUUAUGAAACUGGAGUAUCUGAGAUUGAGUAACUUACCAAGGCUAAGAAGUUUUUGCAAGGGUAGACAUGGCUUCAAAUUUCCACAACUGCAGAAGUUAUUUGUAGUAGAUUGUCCCGUGAUGGAAACUUUCUCACAUGGAGUGUUGAACGCACCAAAGCUCAUAGCAGUGCAUGUGAAUGAACAAGAUGAAUGGCAUUGGAAUGGUGACAUUAAUACUACUAUAAGAAAAUUUGUAGCAAAAACGGUAAUGUCUAUACAAAAUCGAUUAUCUCCAAUCACAAAUCAAUUGUUAUCGCUUUGCAUUCUCACAUUGUUGUGCUUUUUCUUGUUUAUGAAUAUCCAGAACUCUAAGGAUGAUUGAAUUUGUUCGCAACGUUCAAAUGAAUGCUCAAGUAGACCAUUCUUCGCAACCACCUGGGAAAAUCCAGAUGUAUUGGGUGUGAGGCUAAUCCCUAAUGGCACAAAGUGUUUACAUCAUGAUGUAUCAGUCUAAUGACUUUUCUAUGAUGAUGACUUCUAUCUCUUGUAAUCUAUUAUUAGCAAAACUUAUAUCUCCUAAACUUCCUUCCUCAUUUAAUAGGUAAGUAAUGCUUGAUUCAGUGUGUAUGAGCAAUUGUUACUUCUUAAUAUUAAAUUGGUGGGAUAGAAAUGUGUGUUUCUUCAGAAAUUUUGUGUAUGUUGGUCAUUGGUCAGGCAGUCCGGUGCACUACCAUUUGGUGUAUGUAAGUUUUUUUAUUAAAACUUUCUAUGGUCAUUAAAUUAACUUUUUAGGGGAGGCACAAAUGCUUUUUAAGCAGCUUUUUAAAAAGGAAAGUGAAAAUUCUCUCAAAAAAAAAAAAAAA